GCUAAGCAAAUACCAGACGGCAGAGUCCACUUAAAUGGUUCACUUGCUUAGAGGUCAAAUUCGGAUCUGAUCUGCCUGAAAUUCCUUUUAACACUGAUUUGUCACAGCAGGUGUCUGACGAGAUUUGUCCUCCAAGACCAGAAGCAUGUGUUGUGCCAUCCAAAAGGCAGAAGUCCUGGACGGGGCUCACCUGAUGCAGAUCCUUUGGCACAACGGGGAAGAGUCUCUCUACCCAGCAAUAUGGCUAAGGGACAACUGCCAGUGCUCUGACUGCUACCUGGAUUCUGCCAAAGCACGGAAACUUCUCAUCGAAGCCCUCGAUGUGAACAUUGGUAUCAAAAGUUUGACAUUUGACACAGAAAAGGUUUCCAUCGCGUGGCCUGAUGACCAUUACAGUGAAUUUGGUGCUGAUUGGCUGAAGAAAAGAUGCUUUUCCCAGAAGGCCAGAGCAAAACUCCAAAGAGAACUGUUUCUUCCAGAAUGUCAGUACUGGGGCUCAGAGCUCCAGCUACCUACCCUGGAUUUUGAUGAUGUUUUAAAGUAUGAUGAAUAUGCAUACAAGUGGCUGGCCACCCUCAAGAAAGUAGGCAUAGUGCGACUCACAGGGGCAUCUGACAAGCGAGGAGAAAUCAUAAAACUUGGGAAAAGGAUUGGUUUCCUCUAUCUCACAUUUUAUGGACAUACUUGGCAAGUACAAGACAAAAUUGAUGCAAACAAUGUGGCUUACACAACUGGGAAGCUAAGCUUUCACACUGAUUAUCCAGCCCUCCAUCAUCCACCUGGGGUUCAGCUUCUGCACUGCAUAAAGCAAACAGUCACAGGAGGUGAUUCUGAAAUAGUAGAUGGGUUUAAUGUAUGCCAAAAGCUCAAGGAAAAAAACCCACGGGCAUUCCAAAUUCUGUCCUCUACCUUUGUGGACUUCACAGACAUUGGAGUGGAUUAUUGUGAUUUCUCUGUACAAUCCAAACACAAAAUUAUAGAGUUAGAUGAUAAAGGCCAAGUGAUUCGCAUCAACUUCAAUAAUGCAACGAGAGACACAAUAUUUGAUAUACCUGUUGAAAGAGUGCAGCCUUUUUAUGCUGCUCUGAAGGAGUUUGUUGACCUCAUGAACAGCAAAGAAUUCAAGUUUACCUUCAAGAUGAAUCCAGGAGAUGUGAUUACCUUUGACAACUGGCGUUUACUGCAUGGUCGACGCAGCUAUGAAGCAAGAACUGAGAUAUCCCGCCAUCUGGAGGGAGCUUAUGCCGAUUGGGAUGUGGUGAUGUCACGGCUUCGUAUCUUACGGCAGAGUGUUGAGAAUGGAAACUGAAUCAUGCCUGUGAUUUUAGAUGAUUCCAAUGACUGUAAUAAGAUAUGGUGCAAUUAUUCACAGGUUAUGAUCCGUGACACUUCAUAUUAAUUUCCUUAAAACUGAAUUUGUAAAUCUCCCAUAAGAAAACUCUUUUCUCUGUAAUCAUAUGCAAUAUCAACCUUAUAGAUAAUGUAGCAGUGUGCUUUCUUCAACCCUUCUAUUCUGACACAUGCAUGCUUUGAUUUCUUUUGUCCAUAUACUAUGUCCCCAGAAUGCCUCCAAAUAGUUUGUUACAUAAAACGUUUCUUCAGAUAAAGCUUUUUUGUAAAUAAAUCCUUUGCUACAAAUAACGCUUAUGUUUCAAAUAAAAUUUGUCUUAUAAAUCA